CUGACCGUGCAAGCCAAGGUAAUGGUCCUAGCUUUCGCGGCGCUAUCACUUAUCUUGACCCGGUAUGCAAUCGGGUACCACCUGACCUUCACCACCAGUACGUUUACUCAAAUGCAGCCUGACCGUGUUCAUAAUGCGCAUCUUCCCCACGCCAAAGAUCCGCCGCAUUGGACUGAUGAUAAUGGCACUGAUGGCCAUUGUUACCGUGUCCGGCGAGCUGCCUUUGAUCCUGCAGUGCCGGCCCGUCCGCGCCACUUUGGACAAAACGCUCCCGGACUACCAAUGCUUCUCCGACGCCGUGCUGGAGAACCUCCAGCUCUACCAAGCCAUCCUGAUGCUCCUGCUCGACCUGAUGAUCAUCGGCCUCCCGAUGCCAACAAUCUGGAGGCUGCAGAUGCCCAUCCAGCGCCGUCUGUUCGACUCGUCGCAUGCGCCGCCGGCCUCACACGCAUCCCACUUCUGGGGUUCCAAGAGAACUCCACAGACUAUACAUACGUCGGCGCCGUCCCACUCAUCCUCAUGAACCUCGAGUACCCACUAGGCUUGAUCACCGGAUCACUGCCGUCGCUUCGCGUCUUAGUCCGAUUCAUCCCCGGCCUCAACAGCAGCAGGCGAAGCACGUAUCCAACUCAGGAGUGGGACCUGAGUGAGCCGGCCGAAUGUCGACUCGGGGGCCGACCGCGCUGGAUGCAUCGAUUACGAGGCGGCGACGCGAAGAGCAUCGAGAGCGAGAGUCAGCAGCAUAUCUUGGAGAUACGGGGGAGUCCUCGCCCCCCGCAAUCUGCGGAUUGCGGGUGAUGGCGUUUGCAAGGGGUGGGGGGCGGGGCGCAUUCAUAGACUUUCCGGCAGUAUACUAAAGCAUGUGUUGCUAGGCACAGGACUAUAAUUUUUAGUCAUGGGAACAGUCAGACGGUAGGCUGUAAGAUA